AAUCGGCUUACGCAUUUUCCUCAUCAUUUAUUCUGCAGCAGCAGCGGCAUGCAACCUCGUACCGUUGGCAGCAAGUCAUCGACUCGAUGUUGAUAGGGGAUCCAUUGAACAUGCACAUCUAAAACUUGGGUAUAUCGACCGUUUCCUUGGCAGCACCAAUAGCAUCACCAGUACCAGCACCAAUACCAGCAUCAGCACCGGCACCAAUACCAGCGCAGUUACCCACGAUAAUGGAAGACGACGACUCCAGAUCUCCUCGGCAGAAACGGCCGCGACCCAACCACGCUUUCGCACCUUCGCCAUCAUCGGUGAUGAACCACGAGAUGAUGGUACUGAACCCCACCACCACCGUGCAAAGCAACAUCCCCCAAGAUACCAUUUUGGAGACUCCCGCUGCCAAACGACUCCGACAGGAAGGACCCGCUCAAGCCACGAAUGGGGGUACUACAGGCUGUCAUAUACCCGCACACGUACUGGCAAGGCAUACUGUCAGCAUGGAACGAGAUGAUCAGUACGAUCACUUGGAAAGCCAUUGGUGGAAAGCACCUCCCACCGCACCUCAGCUCUUGCCCGCUUGUACCAUGGGCCUGGGAAGCGUGGCCGCUGCAAAUGCAAAUCCCAACAACACAACUACCUCGAUGAUGGGCUGCAAUGCCUGUCAACGGUUCUUCAUUCCACCCACCAUCUCGAAUACGACACAACAAAAUACGCUUCUCAAUUACUUUACGUCCAGCAAGCCCAAACCAGCAGCAGCAACAGCUCCAGCGGUGAUUAUCGACAAGGCAGCCUGUCUCUGUACCUUUUGCGAACGGUCCACGUGUGCCAAAUGCCUGCUAUCCUGCGAGCAAUGCUUGCAUGCCUUUUGCACACUCUGUUCCACCCAAGCCUACGUUGCCAGUAGUAGUGGUGGUAGCAGUAGUGGCAGAGAGGAAGAACAGACACUGUGCCUGGAUUGUGCCUCCAUGUUGGACUUGCCACAAGGUACCAUGGACAUGAUGGAGGGGUAGCUUGCUUGCAUUCGAGAGAGAAGUGGGAGGAAACUGUCAAUGGGAAAACAAUGUAUCGGCACAUGUUAUUAUUGCAUGGGAAAUCUUUAGCUAUCUGGGAAAGUUUAUUUAUUUGGAUGUACUCGAUAUUUCCAAUCCUUUGGCGUCCAGUUGGUCCUCAGGCUGGGCAUCAGCGCAUAACCUACCCUAAUACUUUAUGAAUAGAUAGAUGGUCAAUAUAAUAUUAGUUAGGUUAUACCAUGACUAAUGCAAUAGACUUUAAACCAGGUUACGCAAGCUUUAACACAGGUAGUAUCCUUGGAACGCUGUCCUGC